AUCCACGCCACUAUUUCGUCUGGUGUUCCUGUCAACUGAAUCGUGGAACCCUAGCCCAGCUUACCUGCGCCAUUGAGACAUUCAGAUUUGCUGAUUCAACGCUGUUGGAGCAUUUGAGAUCAUCGCUUUUGAUCACGGUGUCUCUGCUCUUUGGUUUUCUUGUGGCAACCCCCCUUAAUUGCUCUCCGUUCUUACAGGCUUGAUCGUUUAAGGUGCACUUAGGGCUUUCGAAUUUUCCUCUUCGAAGCACUUCAGUCGAAAACAUCUGUGUGUGCCUCUCUAUCUCUCUCUCACAGUAUACAUACAUACAUACAAUAUGUUAUUUUCUAAUCUUUUCUUGGUAGUGUUCGCUCGCUCGUUUUGCUGGCUUCGGACUGCGAGUGAGGAAGGGUUGAUGCUCUAGACUUGAUAGGUUUGGAAGCGUGGAUUCGGAGUUCCAUCACCGAGUCGGUUGGCAGGAUGGCGCGGGGGUCGGCUCGAGGCAGAGGCAGGGGGCGAAGUAGAGGCCGUGGACGGGGAGCUGCUGCAAUUGCAUCAGCUGUAGCAGCUGAUGCAGAAGUGGAGUCACAUAAUCAAGCGACUGCUGAGCACGUCUCUCCACUUUCAUCGUCUCUCGAAGCUUAUAACCCUCACAAAUUGGCAUCCAUUCCUCAGUCUGAAACAUUAUCUUUGACGGAGGUAUUGAGGCAUAAGGCGAUAGGCGUGACGGUUAUUUACUCUGAGCCGGAUGUGGAAAAUAAUAUUGAGCGACGUUUUGUUUCUGAGGAGCAGGGGACCAGCAUACCUCCAGAAUUCGGCGAUACUCCUAGUAUUAUUUGUAAGAAUGUCGCUGGCAAUGGUGUUGAUGCUCUGUUUGACCCCUCAAAGCCAGGGCUGGUACGUUCUGCAAACGGUGAGGAGAUGAUGGUUGAGAAUGUCCAAACAGCAGUAGAAGCUGUAAAAUCUGUAGAGCCUGUUUCUGAAAAUGCAGUAGGAACUCUCUCUCAUGUAGACCCGUCGAUCAUUGAUACCUCUUUGAUUACUACGCAAGAGACACACGAGACUAUGAAAGAAGUGCCUCUUAGACGUGGGGGAAAUGGUAGUGCUGCAUUUGAAAGUAUGAAGGAGGAGCCAAUUGAGGUGGUCUGCGAGGAGGGUGUGGUCCAAAAGACAUUGAACAAGCCUUCAGUUGUGAAACCUAUUUUUGCACGUAAUGUAGAUUUAAAGGCAGAGGUGAUGAGUAUCUCUACGAAGAUGGAAGUAUACAACGUGAAAUUGGAAGAGACUCAUGUAACUGUGGAUUUAGAGCCUGUGAAAUUGAAAGUAGGAGGUGAAAGAACGAACUCUGAUCUUUCAGUUGAUAGGUUGGAGAAAGGGAACGACCCCCCUCUUGAGAGUGCUGGAAUCGUCAGGGAGUCGUCUGAACAGGACUUUUACGGGGAAAUUGACGAUACACUAGGUGGGAUUGAAGAGAGGUACGAGGACCACGAUGAAGAUAAAGACGGAUAUCUAGAGGGCUCUAAGGAGUCGUUGAGUGGAGAGGCGGUAGAUUAUGAUGCUGAGGCACAACAUCCUUUGCCACUUUCUGAUAGAAGAAAGCAUAAAAGACUGGAGGUCUACGUUGGUGGACUUGACAAGGACACGACUGAAGAAGACUUGAAAUCAUUAUUUAAGAAAGCUGGGGAGGUGAUUGAGAUUCGAUUGAUGAGAAAUCCCCAGACUGGCAAAAACAAAGGCUUUGCCUUCAUCCGCUAUGCCUCUGCUGCCAUGGCUAAGCGUGCUACAGAAGACUUCGAGACUGUUGAGAUUCGGGGACGGCAAUGCACUGCUAAACCUAGCGAGGAAAAUGAUACGUUGCAUCUGGGAAACAUUAACAAGUCUUGGAAAAAAGAGAUGGUGCUGGAGACAUUGAAGAGCCUUAGUAUUGAGAGUAUAGAGGAAUUGACACUGAUGGAAGAUCCCCAAGUGGAGGGUGUCAACCGCGGCUUUGCGUUCAUUGAGUUCAGCACACACAAGGAUGCUUUGGAUGCUUUUCGAAAAUUGCAGCAGCCAGAUGCCAUUUUUGGAACUGAACGCUCAGCUAAAGUUGCAUGGGCUCAACCUCUUUAUGAACCUGAUGAAGAUACGAUGUCUCAGGUAAAAUCUGUAUUUGUGGAUGGUAUGCCUCUUACGUGGGAGGAAGGAAACGUAAGGGAGCACUUUGGCAAGUAUGGUGAGAUAGAGCGCAUUGUUUUAGCCCGCAAUAUGCUAUCUGCCAAACGGAAGGAUUUUGGCUUUGUGAAUUAUAUGGAACGGAAUGCCGCAUUGACGUGUAUUGAUGCCUUAAACAACACCGAAAUCAUUGAUGGAGAUAUGAAGAUGAAGGUUAAGGUUGUUCUUGCGAAACCACAAGUCAAAAGCAAAUUUGGAAAAGGGGUAAGGGAAGGAUACUCACUAGGAUUUCGAGGAGAUUAUCGAGUGGGGACAAGUCCUAGCCGUGUUGGAAGAGGAAGCACCAAUGGAAUGGGAAGUGGAGCUCGUGACGCGUCAUCCUGGGGCAACAGUGUUAGUUCUGGAAACCAUUUAAAAUUGGAUGGGGUACGAGAAGUAGAAGCAGAUUCGAAGCUACUAAAGGAAAAACUCAAUCACGACAUAUUGGAUCAUAAAUGUCAGUUUUCGUCCCCUAUGCAAGAUCAAGCAACUGAAGACAGUGUUCUAUUAGGAACCGAGGGCAAAAGAAUGUUCCCUGAUUUUGAACAAACUGAAGGUGCAUACCUGGUUUCAUCUGGUGGUAGUUCAGUUCAAGCUGAAAACCUGUCAUCUACAGCUGCGGAGAUAAUCGCAAAACCCACUCUUGACAAGUUCGAAUGUGCAAUUUGCGGAUUUGGUUCAGAUUCUCCUGAUGAUUUAGAGGCUCACAAGAAAACAAAAGUACAUAGAGUUAUUGAAGAUCUACGUAAGGACCAGAAGCUACAUAAUAAGACGCCUCUUUCACUCCUACAUGAGUAUUCCUCCCGUAACCACUGUGAAGUGACCUAUGACACAAAGGCAGAAACCAAUGGUCCUUUUGAAGUUAUCGCAAUUAUUGGAGGAGCUGCUGGUGGAACUACAGGUCCUCCUACGAAAGGGUUUGGGUCUGGCCGGAACAAAGCCAGAGCUAAACAAAUGGCAGCCGCUGAUGCUCUGGAAAAAAUCAUGGAAUUAGUUCCAGAGUCUGAGUUUACAAAACCUGGCCAGUCUAGACAACGUUUCGGUGAUCGCGAUCGUCCAGGUCGCAAAGGUAAGAGUGGCGGAUGGACUGGUGGUGGUAGUGGUGGUGGUAGGGUUGGUGGAGGUGGAAGCAAUGCAUAUCGCAACCCGCGCGAACGACCAAAUGAUGAUUGGACGUAUGCAGCAACGAGUAUCAAUGUUCCUGGAGCCCCAAGAUUUGGUGGAGUAAGUGGCGUACGAACUAGACAGCCAGAUGGGAACACUUCGUAUAUGGGAUGUGGAGGUGGUGGUGUAGUUGGAGGCAGUUACCCAAGCAGCCCUAACACAACACCUAUCACUGGAUUCAGUAAUGAUGUUCUUCGUGCAGCCACUCAUAAUGGCUAUGUAGAUAAAUAUGUAGGACGAGGUGGAACUGGCUACAGUGUAUCAUCGCGGGGAGGGCGUGGUGGGUUGCCGAGUCACCCAGAAACCUAUGCUGAGCGUUAUGAUAGAAUUCAAGGUGGAAGGGGAUACGGAGGUGGUGCCUAUGCUGGGCGGGAGUAUUUUGGAGGAGUCGGAGUUGGGGGUGGAGGUAAUAGCUACGUUGGUCGGGAUGUGGGUGGAACUAGUUAUGGUGGUAGAGAACUUCCUGCUGCUCUUGGUUAUGGUGGCCGUGAGUUACAUCCUGGUGGAGGACAUGGUGGAUCAAGUCGCAACUUUGAAAGAGCUGGAAUUAAACGGCCUUAUGCUGUCAUGGAUGAAGAUACUCGUUACCUAGAUACACAGAGAGGCCUUCCUCGACAGCGCUUGGAAGCUAUGGAACAUGUUUCUAUACAGCAGAAUGGAGGCGUACAGGGCUAUGGAGCGCAGCCUAUGUUUUCAGACGCAGCCAGGGUACCUAUUAUUCAGCAGCCUAUCUACAUGGAUGCGUCCAGAACGGCUUUUGUUCGGCCGCAAGAGCAAUCACAGCAUAAUGCCUAUGUACAACAGUCACAGGGUUUACCUGUAGUCCACACUGUUGGCCCGACGCAACAAAUAUCUGCGUAUCUUUCUACUCAACACGUGCCCUCUCAGCAUGUUCCCUUGCAACACAUAACUGCGCAACACUUAUCUACGCAGCAUGCUCAAACGCAACAUGUUCCGGCGCAUGUGCAUAAUCAACAGACUACCAUACCGAUUGCUGUGAUUGGUGGACCUGGUCAAGGAGGCACAGCAUAUUCUACAUACGAUGCAGCUUCUCAGUCGACGGUGGGAGUGCCAGCUGGUUGGAUAUUGUUACAUUACAUCCGUCCAUUUCUGUCAAUUUUUAUAGACUUGGAACUGGGCAGACGGUUGCUCAUACAUAUAGUCAACAAUAUGCUCCUGCCUCACAUAACUAUGCUGGUUAUACUGUCAACCAGGAAUACAUGGUUAAUACUUCGGUUCCGGUCCAGGAGACGACCCAAGCAAAUUCAUAUCCAGGGCAAUCAGCAUAUGCAACUCAGUAUGGUGUAAUGCAGCAGCAGCAGCAAGUACCUCAACAAGCUGUGGGGUAUGCGCUCCAGGAAGUCACACAGCACCAGCAGUCUUAUUACUAGAGAUCGACAUUGUUGCUUUUUGGGGAUGGGUUUGAUUUCAGUGUUAAUCUGGCCCGAACCCAUGCUCUCAUGACACAAGGCAGUGCCUCAAGGGUGCCAGAUGUCUGCUUGCCGUAGACAAGCAACUGGAGAAUUUGAACUUUCUGGUUGCUGUGGAAUAUCAUACGAGUGAAGUACAUGGUGAAGGCUGAACGGAAGAGUUUUCUGUAAGAAGAGAUGUUCAUAACGGCAAAAUCCAAAUGCCAUAGCUGUUGCAUUAUGUGAUUCAUGUAAGAGUUGUGGCUGUACAAUGCAGUGCCUGGAUAAACUUCUAGCUUAUUCAAACGAAUGUUGGUUUCAAGGGCAUGGCAUAGGGCAGCCAUCAAAAACACAUGCCUAAUCCCUUCAACGGUUGCUGAGGGUGACGGAGGACAGAUAUGGUCUAAUCUUUUUUCUUAAACUGGUGUUCUCGCUGUAGGUCACGUAACGAGCCAGUCCUUGCAAAGGCUGUAGAUUUGAUGUAAUUGUCCAAUGGUUUCCAGAUGUUAAAGCCUGGGAAGGGUUUCUGCAAAGCUCAUCUACAGAUUUUUGUAUGUUGUCAAAGAGGACCGAGAAUAUCUUUUCUCCUACAGAAGUUCUGCAAGCUAGUUUCUGCAAUCCGUGGAGAACACGAAGAGAUUUUAGCAUAUACCUACUUUGUCUCCUUGAAUCAGUCUGUAGUCAGUUGUGAUCGGUCUUCUAUUUGCAGGAUCCCGUAUUUGCAACAUGGUUACGUAGGUUUUAUCCGAAUGAGGUUAAGAUUGCCUGGUUCAUUUUUCACUUCACCUUUGUAAUAUGUGGGAACUUUAAUUGAGCUUGAGCAUGUGUCUAGUGGAGUCUUACUCACAUUUGAAAGCUGGCUACACCGUAUGUGGUCCUAGACUUGCUUUGUUUUCUCUCUGUGUUAUGACGUGUUUAAGUUAAGCAUGGUCUACUCCUGUACUUUCAUUGUGUCUUGUUCGUAAAUGGGUUUUUAGUACUGGCUGGGUUAAAAAAUCAUCCUUCUAUACCCUCACCUAGACUUGUCGUGUAAUGUAAUGGUGACAAUAAUAGUUUUAGCAUACAUUACUAUAUAUUCGUUGAAGUCAGAGGGUAGUUGUUCCCUUGUUAUAAUCUCGUAUGUAAAUACCACUUUGUGCUUUAGGAGCUAAAGUGGUGAAUUUCGCUUCAGAAUUUUCUGAUCACUAGGCAUGAUACGAAAGGCUGUUUCGCGGCCUUGUUCACGGGAAAUUAGGACAUGAGGAAAGGAAUGGAGAAAAAAAAAUCUGAUGGUUUUCCUGCUUGACCUGUACGAACUUUCGCUUUAUUUUUGGGUACAUAAUGGCUUAGUGGUCCUAGUGUGUUUCUGAAAAAUGAGACCGCGAUUUUGUGUUCUGGCACGGGAGAUGUCUUUGGCUUCCUUCAGCUUCCAGAAAUUGAAGUAGUCUGGGAGGUUGUGUGGCGGUCGCUGGGAUAGUAUCCUUCAUUUUGGUCCAGCUUCGCCCUCAUGGUAAGGCUCGAGCAUGCCAGGUUCUUUUGGAGCCUCCAGGAAUUUGUGCAUGAAGAAGAGUCUCCAACCUGAGUAAGCUUGUUUAAGAACAUUCGGACUUCAAUUUUCCCUGAGUAGAACAUUCAUGCAAUCCAUCUGUCGGAUACGCAUAUCUCCCUCUGUAGAUUUUAUAUCUGGGAAUGACUUGGAUCAAUCAAAAUAAGGAUCUCUACUUGUUUAUUUGACUUAUUAUGCAGAUUGUGCGGGCUGAUGAGUACUUAGCUUGCAAUCUCUAGUUGUGUUGAUAAACAGGAAUUACAGAUUACUUGAGGACAACGACGUUUCGAAGCACUGCUUUUCGGCAUGCAACCAGAUGUAUCCUCUCUUGCAAGUACAAAGAUGAAUGAGACUAAAUCAGGUUGAAUGAGAUUCAGGGUGGUCUUGUUCAUCAUAUUUACCUUAUUCAUCAUAUGCAACAGCUAUUCUACAACUGAAGCUAUCGGCACAACAACCAGAGGUCGACAACUGAUCAAACAUAGUUUGCAUGCAAGUUUUGUUUGUUCACUUUAGUCGAUUUCACAUCUGAUUCGUCAAUUGGACAAAGUUACGUCAUCUCUUCAGUUAAGCAUUGUUGAAUGAUGAGCAAACUUGCGAUUUGUAAAAAUUAGACAUUGUAUGUUCUAUCCA